AUGGCCUUCCUUAUUGCAUUGUCGUCUCUUUGCUUGCUUAGUGCGGCUUAUUUUGUGUUCAGGCGAUUCACUCGCAUCUCGCUGGCUAGUGUACCCGGACCGCCAUCGCAAUCUUUUCUCUAUGGAAACCUACCAGAGCUCCUUAAAGGCCAAGCAGGAGAGAUCGACUUCAAAUGGCAAGCCAUGUAUGGCGAUAUCGUUCGAAUCCGGGCACCUUUGGGUGAAGAUCGUCUUCUGGUGUCUGAUCCCAAGGCGCUUCAGUAUAUAUAUCAGACUAGCGGCUACAGAUUUAUCAAACCCCCAGGCCGCAAGGAGAUCGGACGAUUAAUUACAGGGCCGGGAAUUCUGUUCGCCGAAGGUGAUGACCACAGGCGACACCGUAAAGUUCUCCUACCAGGUUUCGGAGGACCUGAAGCCAAAUUCUAUGUACCAGUAUUUUUCACAUACGCUAGCAAGAUGGCAUCAAAGUGGAAAGAGCUGAUCUCCACCUCUGACAACCAGUCGGUCGUUCUUGAUAUGCCUUCGUGGACAUCGCGCGCAGCGUUGGAUGCUAUAGGCGAAGCGGCUUUUGAUUACCAAUUUGGCGCUCUCGAUAACUCAGCCAACCCUCUUACCAUCGCAUAUACGAAUCUAUUUUUCGACACGUUUGCCGUACAAACGGACAACAGCACUCUAUCGUUGGCUCUGAUGGAAUGGGUACCAAAAUGGCUUGUACGAUUCCUUGUUCAAAGGGCACCCUUCGAGCGAUUGAGACACGCCCGAAUGACGAAUGAGUUGUCUGUGAAAGCAAAUGUUUCGGAAAAUCCGAAGACUCGAUUAAACGAUGACGAAUUGCUUGCUCAAAUGAACACCAUCAUUCUCGCUGGCCACGAAACAACUGCUAAUACGCUUUCUUGGACGUUUCUUGAACUUUCAAAGCGUCCCGAAGUGCAAGAGCGACUGAGAGCGGAGAUCAGGGAGAAGGAACGAAUAGUUUUUGAUCGUGGUGACACCGAGUUCACUGUGCAGGACUUGGACAACAUGCCUUAUUUGACUGCCAUUGUGAAGGAAGUGCUUCGGUUCCAUCCCAUUGCUUAUAAUACCGCUCGGGUAGCGCCUCGAGAUGAUGUGCUUCCUUUGAGCAAGCCUGUGACGUUAACAACGGGAAAAGUGGUGCAAGAGGUAGCGGUACCGAGAGGUACAUUCAUCUUUGCUUCUGUUGCGGGAUAUAACAGGAACAAGGACAUUUGGGGAGAAGAUGCUCACGUUUUCAAUCCUGAGCGAUGGUUCCGAGGAAGCAUGAACAAAGAGGUCCCAGUCGGUGUCUAUGGGAACCUAUUUAGCUUUGUUGGGGGCUUGAGGUCAUGUAUCGGCUGGAGAUUCGCGGUCCUCGAACUCCACGCCUUUUUAGUCGAGGCCAUCAACAACUUUGAGUUUUCUAUGACUACGGAGGCUGAAAGGAUUCGACGGGAGGCUUGCACUGUUAUGACGCCGACUGUGGAGGGAGCGGUGGAGAAGGGUGCACAACUGCCGUUAAGAGUAGCAAUAGCCUCUCGCGAGUGAACGGUUGUAGUACUUAUAUAAUUUGAUCGCGAAUCGCUUAUGGUCCGUUUGACGAACUGCAGCUCAUUGUGUGGAGAUGGAAAAAAUGGUCUUCAGCUAUAGCAAUUAUCAAGUGUAAUUCUUGAGACUCAUCUAGCUUUAGAUAGCAAAACAGAGAUCGAACAAUGGUUUCGAUAGACGUAUCAGCCAUGCGCAUACCUAUGUAUCCGUGUCUUAUCAGUAAAGGUGCUUGCGUUACACGAGUCUAGCUACUAAUAAUCAUUUGCAGACGACAUAAUUUAGUAUUUAUAUGAUAAACUUCUAUA